AUGGAUCCAUUCACCAUCAUACUGAUCAUACUGGCUAUUAUUGCUAUUUAUUCUAAAACAAAAAAAGCCAAUGCUCAACAAACUACUUCACAAUCGGCCUUGGGACUUGCUAUUGGUGAUAAUUAUAAUUCCAUUGAAGAGGUGCAAGAUGCCCUGAGAAAGACUGGUUUAGAAUCAUGUAAUUUGAUCAUCGGAAUUGAUUAUACAAAAUCGAAUGAAGAACAAGGAAGAAAAACCUUUGGAGGAAGAAGUCUUCAUUAUAUUGAUCCGGUUGGUGAUAUUGUAAAUCCAUAUGAAAAAGUCAUCUCAAUAAUUGGUAGAACAUUGGAAAAGUUUGAUGACGACAAGUUGAUAGAUGUUUUAGGAUUUGGAGAUGAUAAGUGUCGUGAUUUUGGUUGUUUCCCAUUUUGUCCUAAUGGUGAAUACAGACCAUGUAGAGGAUUUGAAGAAGUUUUACAUGAAUACAGAAGAAUAACGCCACACAUCAAGUUGAGUGGUCCAACUAACUUUGCACCUGUAAUUGAAAAGGCAAUUGAAACUGUCAUGCAAUCUGGUAGAGGUCAAUAUCAUAUUUUAAUUAUUUUGGCAGAUGGUUUGGUUGUCAAUGAAAAGGAAACUGAAGAAGCAAUCGUUAGGGCAAGCAAUUAUCCAAUCAGUAUUGUCAUGGUUGGUUUAGGAGAUGGACCUUUUGAUUUGAUGCAUAAUUAUGAUGAUGAGUUACCUCAGAGAAAGUUUGAUAAUUUCCAAUUUGUCCAUUGGGAUGAAGUUGCCAAGAAGGCCAGAGAGGCUAAAAAAUCAGUGGAUGCCACCUUUGCAUUACAUGCCCUAAUGGAAAUUCCUGAACAAUAUAGUGCCAUUAAGAAAUUGGGAUUAGUUGGAAAGAGAAGAGAUGACUUUAAUCCAAAUUAUGUACCAAAUCCAAACUCUGGUGCUUAUCCAACAAUAAACGUUCCGAAAAUGUAUUAG